AUGAGGUCUAGAUCCAAAGGCACGACUAUAUGCGUGAUAUUUAUAUUAGUGCUUUGCGGGCUUUGGAAAUGGUCUUCGAGCUUUUCGAGGACCGCCGGUCCUCCUAUUAAAAAAAAAUACGAUCCGUUUGAAUUCGGAUGGGUGAAGCCUAACUACUACAAAAAGGGUGACAAGGUGGAACUGUUGGUCAAUAAAGUGGAAUCUGACCAAACGCAAUUUCCGUACGCCUAUUAUGACCUGCCGUUCAUAUGUCCUCCGUCGGAAAACAAAAAGCCGUUACAUUUAUCACUUGACGAGGUUGUGCGAGGGGAUCGCAAAUGGCAAAGUGAUUAUAAUUUAAAGUUUGGCGUUGAUUUGGAAUGCGAACGUCUGUGUGAUCGCAAAACGCAACCUCAAGCUUUGAAGGAGGCUGACCGCUUAAUCCGCCAGGCUUAUAUGGCUCAUUGGAUAGUAGAUCGCGAUAUGCCUGCAGCAACCACAUUCGUGAAGGCACGAGAUGGCAAAAAAUUCUACACUGCAGGUUUCCCGAUAGGUGCUGUCGAUAGUGACACAGGCAAGGCAUAUCUGAAUAACCAUGUUACACUUGUAAUACGGUAUUAUACCUCAGACAUUAACAAGCAUACGAUUGUGGGUUUUGAAGUGUAUCCCAAAUCUGUUUCUGAUUACCAUUGCCCUGGGAGCUCUAAAGACUAUGAGCGAUACGAGUUGAACGUUGACGAAGAGGAAACCACCUUCAUACCAUUCACAUACUCAGUCUAUUGGCGUGAGGAAUUUCACAAUGAUUGGUCACAUCGUUGGAAUUUUUUCAUGAGCGAAGAAAUGCCCGGGUCCUCUCGAUCCUCUCGAUCUUUUCAUUGGAUUUCUUUGGCUAAUAACAUAUUCAUUGUGGGUAUGAUGUCCUUUGUUGUCACAAUGGUCUUCAUGAAAAGUCGUGGAGAUGGGCCUGUAGCCUUUUUGGCUUCUUCCUGGUCUACGGAACACACCAACUUUUUAACACAACUAAAUUUGGUCACUGCUAUGGGAAUACAGUUCUUAUUCGCAGUUUUAGGCUCAUUGAUUAUCACAUGUGCUUUCAACAGGUUUCAGGAAAUAAGAAGAUGGGUUUUGACAACAGCAAUAGUGUGUUUUAUAUUUGGCGCCUACGCUUCAUCUGCUUUGGGCACGCUAUUGGCACCUGGGCAACGAGUGGGCAUCUUUUUCUCAAUAGCCUGUGGUUGUGCUCUUCCUGGACUUACACUGCUGGUGGUACUUUCUUUGAACAGUAUUGUGUGGGCGAAAGAAUCUACAAAUGCCUUGCCCUUUGGUACCAUAAUUUUAUUGAUGGCGUCCUAUUUUGUGAUAUGUGGGCCUCUGUCUGUGUUAGGUGCUUUGAGUGCUAGAAGAAUUAAGGCCGACCAUAAGCUGAAACUAGAUGAUGCUUCCCCUUUAAGUUUCCUUCUCACAUCGCUUAGAGAUAGCGCAAGAACAGACACCGAAUUCACAAGUCCGGCAAAAUUACCCAAAUAUAUCCAAUCACCAACUCUGUUGACUUUGACGUCAGGCGCUGCCCCAUUUGUGGUUAUCUUCGUUGAACUUCUGUUCGUGUACAAAUCACUGUGGCUGAGGAAAAGCAGCUUCUAUAUUUUCUAUGGCUUCCUUCUCGUCAAUAUCAUCCUACUGUGUGUCGUGGUCGCUGAAGUCGCAUUAAUUGUGUGUUACCAGCUAUUACAAUACAAUCAAUCUGGUGGAAUAAAAUUCGAGCCACAGGACGUUCGUCCCGCGGAACGGAGUCUCACUUGGAGAUCCUGUUUGUCAUUGAGAAGCAUUAAUAUCUCAAUAAGAAAUUCGCUUAUAUUAUUCGGGAAGCGUCUGCGACUAGGGUCGUCCUCGUGGAGAUGGAAGUGUUUUUUGGCGGGAGGUAGUGUUGCGUGGUAUUUGGAAAUGUACUCACUCUAUCAUUUGAUUUUCGUGCUCCAUUUGCGUGAUUUUUCAUCCGUCGUGCUCUUUGUUUGCUAUACGUCUCUGUUCAAUUUUAUGUGCUGGUGUGCAUUCGGGUCACUUGGAUAUCUAUCCUGUCUCUGGUUUCUCAAUUAUCUUUCUAGUUUGGCGAAAGAGCCUUAA